GAGGCGGCGGCGGCGAGGAAGAAACCGAGGGAGGGCGACGAGAGGAGGCCGGGCCGGCGGCGGGGAGAGGCCGAGCGAGCGCUUUCGAGGUCCGGGAUGCCCUACAAGCUGAAGAAAGAGAAGGAGCCUCCAAAGUCUACUAAAAGCACUACAAAAGCCAGUAGCAGCAGCAGCAGCGGUGGUGGCGGCAGCGGCGGCAGUGGUAGUGGCAAAGAUGGAGGCACAGAGAAUUCAGAAGAGGUCCAGCAGCAACAGCAGCAGCAGCAGCAGACCUCGAAUAAGCGACCCAGCAACAGCACCCCCCCACCAACCCAGCUGAAUAAGAUCAAGUAUUCAGGGGGACCCCAGAUUGUAAAGAAGGAGCGGCGGCAGAGCUCCUCCCGCUUCAACUUAAGCAAAAACCGGGAACUCCAGAAGCUCCCUGCCCUUAAAGAUGCACCUCCUCACGAACGGGAAGAGCUCUUCAUACAGAAGCUGCGACAAUGCUGCGUCCUCUUCGACUUCGUCUCUGACCCACUCAGUGACUUGAAGUUCAAAGAGGUGAAGCGAGCGGGCCUCAACGAGAUGGUGGAAUACAUCACACACAACCGGGAUGUUGUCACAGAGGCCAUUUACCCCGAAGCUGUUAUCAUGUUUUCAGUAAAUCUCUUCCGUACGCUUCCCCCGUCAUCCAAUCCUACGGGAGCAGAAUUUGACCCUGAGGAAGAUGAACCUACGCUAGAAGCUGCUUGGCCACACCUCCAGCUGGUUUAUGAAUUCUUUCUGAGGUUCCUGGAGUCCCCAGACUUCCAACCAAACAUAGCAAAGAAAUAUAUUGACCAGAAGUUUGUAUUAUCACUGCUGGACCUGUUUGACAGUGAAGAUCCCAGAGAGCGGGACUUUCUGAAGACUAUUUUGCAUAGGAUUUAUGGGAAAUUCUUGGGCCUCCGAGCAUAUAUAAGGCGGCAGAUCAACAAUAUAUUUUACAGGUUUAUCUAUGAGACAGAACACCAUAACGGAAUUGCAGAACUGCUAGAGAUUUUAGGGAGUAUAAUCAAUGGAUUUGCUUUGCCCCUGAAGGAAGAGCACAAGAUGUUCCUCAUCCGGGUCUUGCUGCCGUUGCACAAAGUGAAAUCUCUGAGCGUCUACCACCCCCAGUUGGCAUACUGUGUGGUGCAGUUCUUGGAGAAAGACAGCAGCCUGACCGAACCGGUGAUUAUGGGCUUGCUGAAGUUUUGGCCAAAAACACACAGUCCCAAGGAGGUGAUGUUCCUGAAUGAGCUGGAAGAAAUAUUAGAUGUCAUUGAACCCUCGGAGUUUGUGAAGGUUAUGGAACCCCUGUUCAGGCAGCUGGCGAAGUGUGUCUCCAGCCCACACUUCCAGGUGGCCGAGAGGGCGUUGUACUAUUGGAACAAUGAAUACAUCAUGAGCUUGAUCAGUGACAAUGCAGCCAAAAUUCUCCCCAUCAUGUUCCCGGCACUCUACAAGAAUUCCAAAAGUCAUUGGAACAAGACAAUCCAUGGGUUGAUCUACAAUGCACUGAAGCUGUUCAUGGAGAUGAAUCAGAAGCUGUUUGACGACUGCACACAGCAGUACAAGGCAGAGAAGCAGAAAGGGCGGUUCAGGUUGAAGGAACGAGAAGAGAUGUGGCACAAGAUUGAGGAGCUGGCCCGCCAAAAUCCUCAGUACCCCAUGUAUUGCGCCCCCCCACCCUUGCCUCCUGUUUAUUGCAUGGAGACGGAGACCCCCACUGCAGAGGACAUACAGCUGCUGAAGAAAACGAUGGAGACGGAGGCUGUGCAGAUGCUGAAAGACAUAAAGAAGGAGAAAGUUUUGCUGCGUCGGAAAUCGGAGCUUCCCCAGGACGUCUACACCAUAAAGGCCCUGGAAGCGCACAAGAGAGCGGAAGAAUUCCUCACCUCGAGCCAGGAGGCACUCUGACGGGCUAGGGAGCCCCUGGAGGGAACACAGAAAUGCACUUUGUUCUAAUGUAUAACUAGGGAAUGAACAUGGUGAGCUGUGCCUGUC